AACAAUGAAGAAGAUCAAGAUGCAGAAAGGAAACAGUCUCCUUAAGUAUUGGUUACUAUUGCAUCUCCUACUUUUAGAAACCGGAUUAUCAACAGGUGAAAGAACCACAUCAGGUGAGAAUGAACACAACACAAUCUCUGGAGGGACGAGCACACUUGUCAGUACUGGAUUUAGCACAACCUCUGGUGGAACAAGUAUAGUCUCCAACACUGGAUCUAGUGUGACCUCUAGUGGAACCAGUACAGCCUCCAGCACUGGAUCCAGUGUGACCUCCAGUGGGUCCAGCACAACCUCCAGUACUGAAUCUAGCACAGCCUCUGGAGGGACCAGCACAGCCUCCAGCACUGAAUCCAGUGUGACCUCCAGUGGGUCUAGCACAAUCUCCAGUAUUGAAUCUAGCACAGCCUCUGGAGGGACCAGCACACCUGUCAAWACUGGAUCUAGCACAACCUCUGGCAGGACUAGUAUAGCCACCCAAACUGGACCCAGUGUGACCUCCAGUGGGUCCAGCACAACCUCCAGUACUGAAUCUAGCACAGCCUCCAGCACUGAAUCCAGUGUGACCUCCAGUGGAUCCAGCAAAGUCUCUAGUACUGGAUCCAACACAAACCCCAGUGGGACCAGCACAGCCUCCAACCCUGGAUCCAGUGUGACUUCCAGCAGGACCAGUGUAGCCUCCAACACUGGAUCUAGUGUGACUUCCAUUGGGACCAGCAUAGCUGCCAACACUGCAUCUAGUGCAACCACAGGAGGCUCUAGCACACAUUCUCCAACUGGAACACACACAACUUCCCAUAGGGUUGGCACAAGUGCUACUACUCCAGUGAAUGAAAUGAUACCCAGUGGGUCCCUGAAACCAUGGGAAAUCUUCCUCAUUACUCUUGUCUCGGUUGUAGUGGCUGUGGGAUUCUUUGCUGGGCUCUUCUUCUGUGUGAGAAAUUCCCUGUCCCUGAGAAACGUCUUUGACACAGCUGUCUACCACCCCCAUGGCCCCAACCUUGGCCUGGGCCCUGGAGGGAAUCAUGGAGUCCACCACAGGCCUAGCUGGGGCCCUAACUGGUUCUGGAGGAGACCAGUAUCUUCAGUAGCCAUGGAGAUGAGAAGGGGAUACAAUGGGCCCUGAAUGGCCCCUGAAGCCAGAGUGCCACCUUUUUCAAGGAGGAAGCCAACCAGGGAGACCAGAGACCUGAGUGUCCUUUUAUUUGUCCUCAGGAGUCCCCUCCCAGUUUUGUCUGGGUCUCUGACAGCCCUGGGGAAGACACUCCCUGUCUCUUGCUUUUACUAAACUGUGGAAAGAGGACAUUCUAUUGGUCAAUUAUCUAAGAAAU